AGUACAGGUUCACACACCAUGAGUUCCUCUACAAGACCAAGGACCUUUCUGCUGGCCUUCAUGAUGCUCUGCACCCUCCUGGGUUUCGGGUGCCCACUAAGCUGUGAGGUGUGUAGGGGCUCCGGGCCCACGUGCAGCGGAAAACUGAAGACCUGCGAGGACGGCAAGGACGCAUGCGUGGUCCUCGUGGGGGAGUCCAACACAAAGGGCCAGCACUCGGUGAACACCUACAAGGCCUGUAUGAAGUUCAGCGACUGCUACUCCGGGUUUGUGUCCACCACCAUGAGCCCCAAGGACUACAUGGUGUCCAAUGCGCACUGCUGCCAGAGCGACGGCUGCAACCGUGGCUCCAUUCCCCCUCCCCAGAACAAUCGUACUGAGAACGGCUUGCAGUGCCCUGCCUGCAUCGCGCCCUUCCGGGAGACAUGCCCAGGGACCCAGGCAGCCCGCUGUGUCGGCCGGGAAACCCACUGCAUCUACUUCGCUGGCAAUGUGCAGGCUGGUAUCUUCAACGCCAAAUUCGCCACUCGGGGCUGUGCUACAGAGAGUGCCUGCCACACCAAGGUUGGGGCUGAGGUGCCCUCAGCCUCCUAUCUCUACUUCCUCCGCCGAGCAGACUGCCUACCAGCCCCCCAGCCCCCUGGCAGGGCUGAAUGAAGAACCGAGGAAUAUAUGGAAUAUAUCUGUGGCCUGAAGUCCCUUCUGUCCUUAGCCUGCAGCCCCCUGUGUGCCUAUAAAUUAAACGAGUUAACAGAGCAAGCUUGCAUCCUUGUGUUGUGAUACAUCUUGGGGAGGUGGGAUGCAGACAGUAGGGGUCUUAAUCCCCUUUUACAAUCCCCUCUUUUCAAAGAGGAGAGGGAAGACUGUCUUUUAUUAAGGGAUUGCUCCUUGCCAGGUCCCUAGGCUAAGUGUUUUCAUACUAUUGCUCGUUUUAUGAUCAUGACAACUCUAUGAAGUUUAUAUUAUUAUCCCCACUUUGCAGAUGAACAAACUGAGACAUGGGUUGUGGGUGUCACUUGCCUUGGUUUUGGGUCAAACAGCUAGGAAAUGUCAGAGCCCUGAUUUGAAUCUGAGUGUGGCAGAGUCCAGGUCUGAUCACCUUUCCUGAUUAACCUUUCCCUCUUUUUGCCCCAUUUUUCAUGUCCACAAAAUGUAGAUAUUAAUAGUUAUAACCUCAUAGGGUUGUUGUGAGUCAAAUGAAAGGCAAUUUAAAAAGCACUUAGUAAAAAUAAAUAAAUAAAGAUAAAUAAAAAGCACUUAGUGCAGUGCCUAGCACAUUUAAGACAUUGCUGAUUUUAGAGACAAUACAUAUGUCUGAGUAAAUAGUAAUCACUAUAAUAGCUUCCACUUACUCAGUGGCGAUUAGUUGGCAGGUGCUAAACAUUGACAUCAAUUGGGACAGACUAGAUGAUGCUAUAGUAACAAACAAGUCCCUAAUCUCAGUGGUUUGAAAUAACAACGUCCUAAUAGUCAACUAACACUGCAAUAAUGCUAUGUAAAACAUCAUUCCCAAACUGAAACUUAUAAUAACAACCAUUCUUCCUUCUAAGGGUUUGCGGGUUUGGCUCCAGUUUGGGAGGAUUCAGGUCACCUCUUUGGGAUUACACAAUCUUCUGUGAUUAGUGGCUCCCUGGAAAAUGUUCUCAUGGCAGAUCACAGGAACACAAAAGCCAAGUGUAUUUAAAAAAAAUUAUUGGUUUUUAUUUGUUUGUUCUUUUGCCACCUUCUGCUAAGGAAAAAUA